AUGUCCAAUUAUCAUCAUCAUCACGACCAGAGUCAGGAUGCCCUGAUACCACGACUACUGGAUGAUUCAGUUCAACAACUAAAUUUUAAACAAAUUGGGAAGUAUCUUAUAUUGAAGACCCUCGGAGAGGGUUCGUUUGGGAAAGUCAAGUUGGCUCAACAUGUAAUAUCGGGGAAACAGGUUGCUUUAAAGAUGAUUAACCGGAAAAUACUAUCCCAAUCAGACAUGCAAGGUCGGAUCGAACGAGAAAUUGAAUUUUUAAAGUUGUUAAGACAUCCACAUAUCAUCAAACUAUAUGAUGUGAUAAAGACCCCUGAUGAAAUUGUGAUGGUGAUUGAAGUUGCUGAAUACGUAUUAUUUGAUUAUUUAGUUUCCAAGGGAAGAUUUUCAGAAGAUGAAUCUAGAAAGUUUUUCCAUCAGAUAAUUGCAGCCAUGGAUUACUGUCAUCGACACAAGAUAGUUCAUCGAGAUUUGAAACCAGAGAAUAUUUUAUUGGAUCAUCAAUUGAAUGUCAAAAUCACAGAUUUUGGAUUAUCAAAUGCCAUGAUUGAUGGUGAUUUUUUGAAAACAAGUUGUGGGUCUCCUGAUUAUGCAGCACCCGAAAUUAUAAACGGAAAACUAUAUGCUGGACCUGAAGUUGAUGUUUGGUCUCUGGGCAUAAUGUUAUAUGGAAUGAUAUGUGGUCAAUUACCGUUUCAAGAUGAAUAUAUCCCUAAUUUGUUUAAGAAAAUUAGUAGUGGGUCAUUCAUAUUUCCUGAUUUCAUUUCUAAUGAGGUGAAAGAUUUGUUAUCACGAAUGUUGAUUGUGAAUCCUGUAAAGAGAAUUACUAUUACUGAAAUAAUGGAACACGAAUGGUUCAAACAAGGUGUUGAUGAUUACAUAUUACCUUUUAAAGAUUUGAAUUGUAAAGACGAAAAGCUUAUAGUUGAGGAAUCAAUUAUAAUGAAACUAAUAUCUACAAUUGGAUAUGACAGACAAGAUAUUUUUGAAGCCAUUGAGGAAUACAAUAGCCACGAGAAACUAGGUUUCAAAAAAAAUGAAAUAUUAGAGGCUUACCUAUUAUUGAAAGAAAAUAAAGCAUUGGCUAAAAAACUUAAGGCAGAUGAUUUUAACAAUAUGAACAAUUUUUUUUCACCAUCGCCACCUCUUUCCCCCAAUGGUAAAGUUAAUUCGGGUUAUACAGAUUACCCAAUUGAAAAUCCGGUUACUGACCAACGUUUACUAUCAAGAGGUGUUAAGAAUCGUGCUCAAAAACACAAAUGGAAUUUUGGAAUCAGGUCGAAAUCAUAUCCAUUAGAUAUAAUGCUGGAAAUAUACUAUGCUUUACAAAGAUUGGGAAUGGAAUGGUUGAAACCAAAUGAAAUCUGGGUUGUAAGAACAAGAUGGAAAACAAACGAUAAUGAAUAUUUGAAUAUGAAGAUUCAAUUAUAUCAACUACAGCCCGAAAAAUACUUGGUUGAUUUUAAAAUUGACAAUUUGGAAAUGGCUCGGACAUGUCCCGUUGGAACAGAUGUCGAGUAUGCUUACUCUGUUUACCCAUUUUUAGAAAAGGUGAAUGAAAUCAUAAGAGAACUAAGUGUGAAUGUACAAAAAACUUGA